AUGCGUACAGAACUCGAAGAGUUAGUCGGCUUGGUUGCCGACCCCAAGCCGGAAGUUCGAGGCAUCGCCGCAGAACAUCUCGUGCCAUACUCAAUAUCCCAGCCUGGCAUCUUCAAGGUAGACAAGUUGGGUCCGGUCAAGAACCUGAAGCUCCUCGUCAGGGAUCAUCCGAAAAUAGCCGAGCACAUCGUCACCAUUCUCAUCAAUCUCUCAGCCGAUCGCGAAGUCCUCGAAAGUCUAGCUACCGACGACAAAUUCCUCAGCGAAGUUUUCAGACAAGUCGUUAAUCCAUCCGAGCCUAAUGCAAACCUGCUGUCCAUGCUACUGGCGAAUCUGGCGAAAUGGGACUCUUUGAAGAGGGUGUUGGAGUUGAAGCAAUCGCCACCAGAGGAACUCAAGUCCAAUGACAUGAUCAUGAAUCAGCUGCUUGAUCUCUUCGUCAAAGGCGCUGAUGGCACGUACAACAAAAACGCCGAUUUCGAUCAUCUGGCCUACCUGUUCGCGGAUCUGACGAAGCAUGCCGAAGUACGCCACCACUUCGUCCGCAAGCAGGAUUACGACGGAGUUAUACCUCUCACUAAGCUCAAAGUGUUCACUGAGCACAAGUCUGACGUUCGACGAAAAGGAGUCGCCUCGACCAUCAAGAACGUCGCCUUUGACGUACCUUCGCAUCCACUUUUCAUGUCCGAGGACGACAUCGAUAUUCUGCCUUAUAUAUUGUUGCCUAUCAUGGGGAACGAGGAGUAUGACGAAGAGGAUUCCAUGGCAAUGCUUCCUGACCUGCAGCUGCUGGCUCCCGACAAGCAACGCGAUACAGACCCAGCCAUUAUUCAAACACACGUCGAAACGUUACUGCUUCUAACAAGCAGUAGGGAAGCGAGAGAACGAAUGCGUGAAGUCAAGGUCUAUCCACUCAUUCGGGAAACUCACUUGCGAGUUCAGAACGAAGGCAUCCAAGAAGCGUGUGAGCGACUAGUCCAAGUGCUCAUGCGAGAGGAAGAGCAGCCAAAUCCGGAGGCGCCUGUUAAGGAACUCACAAACGGCGAUGGCGAGGAGGAUGAUGACGAAGACGUAGUUGAGGUGUAA